GUGGCGAGAAGUGGCGAAAGAACUCGAAGGUGUCAUUAGGAUUGGAGCUGUGAACUGUCAGGAGGACUGGAGUCUGUGUAAUCAUGAAGGCAUUCAGAGUUAUCCAUCACUUGUUCUCUAUCCAGGAGUAAGCUAGUAUUUGUUAUUUGUAUCUUAGUUACACGCGUAAAGACGCGCAAGUUGCUACAGGUCUGCAAACAAGUUAUUACAAAUCUUUUCACAAGUUGUCGACAAGUUGUGUUCGCACUGCUUGUUCCCAGUUGUUGUAACAAGUUUGGAACAAGCUGUUGACAACUUGUAACAAGCUUGAUGGCAUAAUCAGACUUGUAACAAAGUUGUUCUAACAAGUCUGAUACAUUCAUGAUAUAACAAGAAUGUCACGCGGUUGAUGACACAAGGUUGUAACAAUAUUGUUAUAUCAUGACUGUAUCGGACUUGUUGGAACAACCUUGCAAGAAGUCUGAUAAUACAGUAUCAACAAGGUUGUUACAAGUUGUUUACAGUUUGUUCCAAACUUGUUGACAACUUGGGACAUGCAGUGCGAACACAACUUGUUCACAACUUGUUGGCAGACUUGCUACAAGAUGCGAGACUUUUGCGUGUGUACUUCACAAAUUUGGUUUAAUGCAUGUGACACAGUCAUGGCAGUGACUUAAACAGGAUCAUAUUUUCAUCAAGAAUGACAGUUGUCUUACCUCGAGACAUUCUCAGACUAACAAGUGAUAAAAUUGAAAUCACAUAAUUUCAUCCUGGAGCCCAAGAUAUUGUUUUGUGUGCAGUAAAAAAUCUCUUUAACUCAUUAAUUUCUUACUUAUCUUUUAGGGUGAAUUUUUCCGCGGUACACGGACUACUGACAGCAUAAUCAACUAUAUUUUAGACAGCUUAGAUGUUGUUCUGGUUGAUUUACAUUUUGGUAAGAUGCAUUAUAAUCAUGACCUUUGCACUAUGGUGCGACUGCUUGACACUGGCAGUUAAAAUCUUUAAACAACCUGAACACUUUAAUUUCAUAAAUUAAAGCAUUAUUUUUAAUUUGUUAGAUCAGUUUGAUGCGGAAAUUGACGCAAGCGAUGUCCCUUGGUUAAUAACAUUUUGUGAUCCAACUGAUGAAACAGGUACAGUAGCUUUUUAGUUAGCUGGAGUACUAAGGCAAAUUAUUUUAUAUGCUGGAAAAUGUGAAGUUUGCUAUGUACUGUGCUCGAAAAUGCCCUAGGCAUUGAAAUCACGAAUUGAAGGUCGCCACCGAACAGCUUGGUCUGAGAUUUCCAAUGUGUCAUAGGCAAGCUCAUGUAAAGACAUUCAACAUUUUCAUGCAAAGGUCAACACAUGCAUGAACGGAUAGGCAACGGGCACAUUGGGCCAGAUAAAAAUAAUAGUUGGUUUCAGGUUUCACAGCCAUGUUUUAUAUGGGUAGGUACAGUAGGUCGGAAAACAUUUUAUUUAAAAAAAAUAUUUUAUCUCAAGUAUGCAAUAAAUAUAAGUUGAAACUAUGAUUAACAUGACUAGAUAAUGAUUAAAUUAUAAGCAAACAAAAUAAUUUGUAUAGACAAAUGAGUCUGAUGACUAUUUAUAUAUUCUACUAUUUACGAAAAGAUGAUCUCUGUACUGGGAAAUGUCGAUAAAAUGUUUAUGGUCGGUCAUAUUUUUUACAGGUCGGUCGGAAACACAAUGUUGUUAUUUUAUCAAGUUGCUACAAGGUUGUCACUCACAACUUGUUGACAACUUGUUGAAUUGCAGGACGAUAUCAAGUUGUUGGAACAACUUGUAACAAGUCUGUUGAGCUCAACAACCUUGUAGCAAGUUGUCAACAAGCCGUUGACGACUUGUCAACAAGCUGGUAACAAGCAGUGCGAACACAUCCUGUUGACAAGUUGUUGGAACAGCAUUGCUACAAGUCUGCUGCAGGACUGUUACAACUUGUGCGUUUUUCAGAUUGUCUAUCCCAUGAAUCGCAAAUUAAAAUCUCGGCAGUCUUGAACAACAUGGUUACUGUGGGCUCAGUUGAUUGUGCAAACGAAGAGGCGUUAUGUAAAUUUCUGGGUCGACGUUCCGGGGUCGUUUUCUAUCCGGCAAAAGAAGUUACACCAGAACGUGAAACGGUAUGUGAAUUUGUACUGAAAUUGUGUUCCAUUUUUUUCUUCUCAAUCGGACUGGAACAUGUUCUUGACGACCUGUUUAAUUAAGAACACAAUAGACCUUUCCCCUUAUAACUAAAAUUUUGAUCUAGACAAGUCUAGACAAAAUUUCAUCACAGCUUGAAAGAGCAUCACAAAAUUAGUAAUAUUCCGAAGUUUCGUUGCGAAAUGUUGUAAAAUGCGGAUAAUAUAGCCCUGCGAAAUUUUCAAUUUUCAGUCAUUUUGUAUUACAAACGGGAAAUUGAUGCCCCAACACCCGAUUGGGCUGUCAAUUUCCCCAUGCGUAAUACAAAAUGACUGAAAAACGGCAAACCUCGCAAGGCUAUAUUAUCCGCAUUUUACAACAUUUCGCAACGAAACUUUGGAAUAUUACUAAUUUUGUGAUGCUCUUUCAAGCUGUGAUGAAAUUUUUCGUCUAGUUAUAAGGGGAAAGGUGCAUUGGAACGCGAGUGCAUCAUUCAGUUUUUUUUCUGAGCGCGGUUUUUUUACAAUAUACUAGCCACACCAGUUCUUCAAGAGCCAAUACUUUACUUUAUCUGAAUCACUGAUAUUGCUCUAGGUUGUUGAAGAAUACCAUAGUCAAGACGUUAUUCAGGCUGUACUGGGAUUGUUACCUAAUCUAAUCUCAGUCGACGAUGAAUCGUUCAAGGUGAGCAGUAGCCUGCUUUUAGUAGCCUGCAAAGCAGGCGUUUUAUCUGCAGGCUCACCCAAAACGCCUGUUCUGCAGGUUAGGUGAGAAGUAAUUACAUGGUACGCGGUAUUACAUGCAGCAUGCUAUACAUAUAAUAAGCUACUACCAUCAAGGCCAAACGUCGUGUGGACAUUCAUUGACUCAAUCGACUGUUGCCAAAAAACCUAACAAAAAACUAAAACUGGACUUAGAAAUCGUUUUGGCCUGGAUUCACAUCACAAUGAUGUGAUGAAUAUUAACUUAUUGAACAUUAAGGAUAGUUCCAAACUCAUAGUUUUGAAAAUUGGAUUAUUCUUUGUAUUAGAUGGUAGGACUUACGCCUGAACCGUGGUUGAUUCAUUUUGGUAAAGGAGAUGUCAAAGCUCUAGAAAUGAGAAAGUUGCCAUCCUUGCUACCAGAAUUCCAGGUAAUAAUUACUUAUUAUGAUCUUUUCUGUGUUGGUGUAAAGUACUCAGGUGAAUAAGAUGCUUGUGAUGUUACUCUGAGUGUAUAUCCACACCGCGGGCAAGCUUGAAAAAUAUGCCUGGCCACGGUGGGAAUCGAACCUACGACCUACGAACCUACGACCAGCCCAUUAUGUGCAUUAAUUUGCCAAUCUAUAACGUUGCGUUAAUAAGUUGGUCACGUGCGUGGUCUUUACUAUAUUUCAGGUUGGUCACGUGGAUUGUGUCCAGUUUCCCGCGCUGUGCGAGAUCCACCAUGUUCACAAGUACCCUUCGGUUGCCCUCUUCAAGCAAAACGGAGCGUACGAAUGGCAUCAUGGUAAGUAACGUAGUACUUGUAAGUGCUGUUGUACCACGCUGGCACUUCAAUGAUUAUUAUUGCCAGGUGCUUGAGUUGAACAAAUGGGGGAAAGUGCAUAACAAUUAUUAGAAUAUGUUAGAGAUUUUUAGAUUUUAUAUAUGCAUUCAUUCAUUCAACUGCUUAUUCACAAGUACCUUGGAGUACCUUGAGGAGUUAAUUUGCUUGUGAAGCAAUAUUUGAAAAGCCAGAACAGCCUUGAAAAGCUCAGUUUCCAAAUGCCAGAACUCCGUUUUGAAAAGCCAAAACUCAGUUUUCAAAUGCCAAAACUCUGUUUUCAAAUGCCAGAACUGCACUUCCAAAUGCCAAAACUCAGUUUUCAAAUGCUAAAACUCAGUUUUCAAAUGCCAAAACUCAGUUUUCGAAUGCCAAAACUCCCUUUUCAAUUGCCAGAACUACCUUUUCAAAAGCCAGACCUCCGUUUUCAAAUACUGGAACUCCGUUUCCGACUUGAUAUAUGAAAAUUUUCGACCAAUUUAGGUUUGAUCAAAUUAGUGGACACUCAAUUUUGACAAUAUGAAACAUAAUUCAAAAAAAUUUCUUCGGUGCCUGGGCCCCUGACGCAAUUUGCAAGCUUCAAGCGAAGCGAGCAGGUUUGGACCACGUAGGGCUAACUGAAAAUUGUUUUGGCUACCUAAAAAAACUAAAUAUACAGGCAUGAUUUGGGUGAAAUCAAAGAAGUAAGUGCCCAGACAUAACAAGUGUUUUACAUCGAUUUUUUUCUAGGGCGUUAUACAGCCCAAGAUAUUGCAGUUUUUGCAAGAGACACGUCGUCGUCUAAAGUGUUUACACUUGGUCCUGACAGUUUCCCCAAUCCUGUGACAACUGGUGAAGAGAACUGGUUCGUCGACUUCUUUGCACCGGUAAGACCUGUUUGUGAUAUCAGGGUGUAGCUGAUAUCUCAAAUGUACAGGGGUAGUGAGUAUAUCAGGUGUAGUGGAUAUCUCAAAUGUAGUGGAUAUAUCAGAUGUAGCAGAUAUCUCAAAUGUAGUGCGGGAUAUAUCAGGGUGUAGUGGAUAUCUCAAAUGUAGUGGAUAUAUCAGAUGUAUAGUGGAUGUAGUGGAUAUAUCAGAUGUAGUCAUGGAUAUCUCAAAUAUAGUGGAUGUAUCAGAUGUAGCGGAUAUCUCAAAUGUAGUGGGUAUAUCAGAUGUAGUGGAUAUCUCAAACGUGGUGGUCCAGUGUAGGUAGUAUUCUACAACAAGCUGUCGUGGUUUGUGCCUGAACUACCUGACAAAGAUAUCUCAAACUUGGUGGUCCAGUGUAGUUAGUAUUGUACAUUAAAUUUCCGUAGUUUUUGACUGCACUUCCUUGAUACUAGUUCAUCGUUUGGCAUUCAGCUUAUAUUUCUAAAUAUUUUCAGUGGUGCCCUCCUUGCAUGAAGCUGCUACCAGAAUGGCGCAAAGCUUCAAAAAUGUACAACGAUGAAAACAACGAAGUAAAAUUUGGUACGGUCGACUGUACUGUCCACAAAACGUUAUGCCAACAGGUAGGAGAACAGAAUUGCUUUACGUAUCCUCACUAUCAGUUCUAAACUGUUUUCCCGGAGUCGGGAAUACUUUGCUGUGAUUGGUAGAGUCGAGACUCGAAGCAUUCUUUUCAAACUCAUUAAUACUUCAUGAGUAAAUUAGCCAACUAUAUUGCUUAAUUUUGCUGACAUGAUAAUACUGGAUACCUGAUGAAGUAUAUUGAUCCAGUCCUAGGACUGGAUCAAAAUUAAUUCAGUCCAUGAACUGGAUCAAAAUUAAUUCACCUCACUCCAAGUAGUGAUUUAUACAUAUGAGAUAUCAUUUCAAAUCCUUCAAUUGCCUCCAGUGUACUGCAUUGUAUAAUCUUGAUCUAACUUUAUGGCUGUGAUAUUUUUUAUAUAGUACAACAUCCGUUCGUAUCCAUCAACAGUAUUUUACAACAACACAAUGCCCCACUCGUUCCGAGGAAGACAUUCUGUUGACAGUCUUAUCGAAUUUAUCGAGGUACGUCAAAUGUCUAAUAUACUUGCAACAGGUCUGAAGAAAUCUCCAGAAUUAAUGUUGGUCAGUACACUCUUUGUAUUAGCUACCGUAUUUGGCAUUGAAAAGUCUGCGAUAAACUUAUAAUUAUUUCAGGAUACACUUCGUCCUUCAUCCCAACUCUUGACACCAGAAUCGUUUGAUGCGUUGGUCGGUGGCAAAGCCAAAGGUGAAACAUGGCUUGUAGACUUCCACGCCCCUUGGUGUUCGCAUUGCCAGGAGCUGGCGCCAGUCUGGAAUAAACUUGCUAAGGUUUGUUGGUGUUUCUUUACACUGCAUUAAACUAGUCUAGAAGGCCCUCAAAGACGGCACACUUCCGCCAGCGAAAGUAUUAAGGCUUAGGUCAGACAUGUAAUGUUCAGUUCUUUUACGAGACAAUGUAAAAUUUUCAUUCAAUUUUCAUGCAAAUUCAACUAGAAUUGGUCGAUUUGUCCUUGGAGUACGACCAAGCUGUACUAACUUACUUUUGGAACAUAUUUUUGUAGUUAUCCUAUUGUAGUUGAAAGCAAGUUUAGCUAUGGUAGAUUUAUAUUUGAGCUGUAUCUUUGUUUUAGAAAUUAAAGGGAGAAGCAAGUGUUGGGUCAAUUGACUGUCAGAAGUACAACAGUUUUUGUACACGUCAUGGAAUUCAAUCUUUUCCGACAAUAAGGUUAUAUCCUCAUUCUUCAGAAGGAGUACGAAGAUCUGUGUAAGUGGAGUGUACUAUUGAACUUCAAACUAUGCUAAGCUUAAUUAACUUUAUAUCCACACUGUUUUGUCUAUAGAGGUCCAGUAAGAGUCAUCCCUUGGCCUUGUUGAUCCAGUUUUGCUACAGGAAUAAAACUAAACUUAACUAACUUUAUUUAAUCCCUUGUUGAUCUAGUCUAAACUUAACUAACUUUAUUUAUACCGGUACAGGCAUUAUCAAGGCUGGCACAAUCUUGACUCUUUGCAUUCCUGGGCGUUCCGCUAUCUACCUUCCAUAGUAACAGAUCUCAACUCCUUUGAUUUUGAUGACAAAUUAUUGAUUUCUGAAUCUCCUUGGAUCGUGGACUUCUUCGCGCCGUGGUGUGGCCACUGUGUUCAUUUUGCUCCUUAUUUUGAGAAACUCGCGAAGGUAAAUGAUGCAAAAUUUGAACCAAUAGAAAACACAGCUAAAACUAAGCUAAUCGAAAGCUCUACUUGGGAUUCGUUUACAUAUAAAACCUGCGUAGAAGUCUAAUAAGCUAUAUUGUAAUGGUCCAGUGUUACCACAGGAGGCAAACAUGCAUGAACUAAACUAGCUUUAUACUUGUUAGUUAUAUCAGUUCUAAACUGUUCUCCCUAGAGGUCAAGUGAAUGUCUUGCCUUAUUGAUAAAGUGUUACUACAGGAGGAAAUCUGAACUAAACGAACUUUAUUUAUACUUGUUAGCUCUAUCAGUUCUGUACUGUUCUCCCUAGAGAUCCAGCAAGGGUAACACCUUAUUAAUCCAGUGUUACUACAGGAGAAAAACAGCGGUGUUUGAUAGAGUAAACUGGAAGUACUAUUGCGAACAUAUAAUCGAAAUCUAAACCAUUUAAUCCGGUCACAGACAUCACAUGGACAUGCAUACUAACCUUUUAGGCACCAAUUAAGAAAAACUAUUUAUAUAAUAACUACAGUGAAACACGCAAUUUGAUUGGUCAAUAGCCGUGCAGGAUCAGGCUAUCCUGCACGAGGAAUUAAAAUGCCUUUGCGGGAUUUUCGCGGGAUUCUCAAAAUGUCAUUGUUUCACUGUAGUUAUUUUAUAAAACAAUUACCAAAUGGUUUUCCAAGCAGGAUAGCGUGAUCCAUGCACUUGGGAUGUUGCUCGACUUUCGGAAAGCGUAAAAAUACACUCGCCUGCGGCUCGAGUAUUUUUACGCUUUCCGAAAGUCUCGCGACAUCCCUCGUGCAUGGAUCACACAAUCCUGCACGGAAAACCAUUCGGUAUUCCUUUAGUGCUGCUAUAUGUUACUAUAACCUAUGUGUGACUAUGUGUUACUAUGUGUUUAUGUGCGACUAUGUGUUACUGUGCGUGUAAAUAUGUGUAAACCAUGCGUUACUAUGUGUUACUAUGUGCUGCUAUGUGUGACGAUGUGUAACCUUGUACCACUAUGUGUAUAACUAUGUGUUACUAUAUGUUACUAUAUAUGUGUGACUAUAUCUUUUCAGAGAUUGGAAGGCAAAGUUCAAUUCGGCAAAGUGAACUGUGACGAACAUCACCAUGUUUGUGUUGAAGCCGGGGUGCGGGCGUAUCCUUCGAUCAUCUUUUACCGUGGGGCAACGAAUGGUCGUAGUCAGGUAAUCGUAGCAUUGAGUUUGCCACUUUCUUGGAACUUUUGUGACUUCUGAAGCCCCGUUUACACUACGCUCAAUGUUUGGUACGGCACGGAUAAAAUUGGUACCCGUACCACUUUUUUGGUUCUUGGACUACCUAUUAAGAUAGUCCAAGAACCAAAAAAGUGGUACGGUACCAAAAGUCAAGCGUAGUGUAAACGAGGUUUGAGAAGCUUUUUGCCUUCAAUUGAAAUUUAUUAAUACGUGGCAUCGCACAGCAUAGAAACAUGUUUCAUGUACUAUUUAAAACAUGGGCAGCAAUGUUUUAUCAGAUAUAUAGAUACGAGGCGAAGUCGAGUUUCUUUAGGUUUGAUAAAACACGUACUGCGAAUGUUUUAAAUUGCUUCAAAAACGAUCGAUUUAGUAAGUUUAUUGGCGAAGUAAUUUAAAAAAAAUCAAAAUUAAAGUUUAUGUAAAUUAAGGGAAAUCUCUAUCACAUAUAAAGAUGCGACACGCUUGUAUUUUUUCUUUGUGUUUUCCUCAUGAAUUAUUAAUGAGUUUUUUAAUUCAUUUUAAGAUGUAUUCAACAUUUUCUUUUUCUAGCCGAGUCGUGGUGAUCACGCGUUCAGAUCUCAAGAUAUUGAUGACAUGUAUGACGCCACGAUGAGGCUACUGCAAGAUUUGGAAGACAGGAAAGAUAAACAAAAGAAGAAAACAGCCAAGAGUAGAAAGGUAAGAGGUUUUGAACUUCAAACUACCAUAAGUUCUGAACUGGCUUCUCUAGAGGUCCAGUCAAGGAAUCAAAUUACGAUGAGAACACUUGUUUGGUAGAGUCAAACUGGAAGCACUUUUCUGACAUGUAACUGAGGUGAAAUUAUAAUCAGACAACUGUAUAUUGCAAGCAUUAAACUAGUGUUGUUUUAGUCAACUAAAACUAAAACCCUAUUUUAGUCGUGCCAAAAUAAUUUAGUCAACUGUAAAUAAAGUUGUCUUAGUUUGUAUAGUCCUGGCAGGCUUCCAGUGCAUUAUUCACUUCAAUCACUUGAACAGGUCAACUUGAAAGCAAUUUUGAAUUUGAAAUAAACAAUUUCUGAUUUUAAAUAUAUAAUAUUUGGUCUUUCCUGGCCUAGUAGUGGCCUUUAUGCUAAUAUUUUCGUACAUAUUUGAAUCACUGAAAACUAAAACUAAAUGCUUUCUUAGCUAGGACUAAACCAGAAGUAAAAUGAAAUUCCAGUUUCGAACUCGAACUAAACUAAAACUAAAAUAAAAUUUCUGUUUCAAACUAGAACUAAACUAAAACUAAAAAGAAAUUCCUUUUCCAAACUAGAACUAAACUAAAACUAAACAUAAAUUACCGCAUUAAACUAAAACUAAAUUGAAAACACCAUACUAAAACAACACUAAAUUAAACCCCCAAUCACAGAGGGAAAACUUUAAAGAUUCUUUUCAUUCUAAACCUAGACGAUCCCUAAAAACGUACUAAUAUUUUGUACAAGGAAAACAAACAACUUUCGAACUAUGCAGUUACUGCAAAAUAUCACAAACAACACAAAAUAACUGUAAACGUUUGUGUUGAUUACUUUUCAGAAAACCCCUGCCCAUGACGAGUUUUAAAACACACGCAAAGAAAGGUAGCAGCUAUCGUCUUUCCUCUCAAGCAGUUCUAGUGAGGUGAUACGAAUUAGCCCGCUGUGGACUGGGACACAGGCUAAUUCGACACAGACCAUUGCUAAACGCCCGCAAUGAAAAAUAAGAGACGUCAACCGCCGUGUACUUCGCAAGUUUUAAAUAAAUGAAUAUGAAUAUAGUCGGUUAGAUAGUUUUGGUUUUAAAAUAUUAAUGUGCGCAUAGAAGGUAUUAUUAGGGAAACUAGAUCUUACCGAUUAUUCUUUUUUACCCAAUGGCCUCGUUUCCAUGUUAACUUAUUUUAGCAUGUCAGGGGCAGAUAAAGAUUAUAUUCCCAUGUGUUCCUGGACGAAUUUGUUUCUUGCUGUUCUUAGGCUCCAUAACAAUGUAGUUUUCAACCCUACUAAGCGCAAAACACGAGUACGUAUACGACACGAAAACGAGGCCAUUGGGUGAAAAGUGAAUAAACAGUAAGGUUUAUUAAGUCUACAAGUUAAUGCUCACUCGGGCAGAUAAUUCUAAUUCUUAAGCCCCGGUUAAACGAGCAUGAGAGUUUCAAAAUAAAGGUUUGAUUUUAAAAUGUUCCAAUUCUCUUUUAACUUUUA